AUGUCUUCCAACCGCUACGACGACUCCGAGGAGGAGGAUGACUUCAACCCUGCGCCCGCCGACUUGUCCGACGAGGAACCCGACCAGCCAGCUAGCGACAAUCAUGCUCGCGAGAGCAGCCCUGCCGACGAUGCCCCUGCCCCCUCUAAAUCGAGAGUAAUCGACGACGAUGACGAAGAAGACGAAGAUGAUGUGGCCCAGCACGACGACGACGAUGAAGAAGAGGAUGAGGACGACGAGGACGAAGACGAUAUUCAACAGGGACAUCGUCGCAAGCGCAGAAAGGACCGCCGAGCCGCCUUCUUCGAUAUCGAAGCCGAAGUCGACGACGAGGAGGAUGGCGAAGAUGAAGAGAAAGAUGGCGAGGAGAUUGAAGAUUUCAUCGACAACGCUCAUCCCGACGACAUUGCUGAGAGUGGACGCCUCGAUGAUGACAGACGUCACAGGGAGCUGGACCGUCGGCGCGAAAUGGAGGCGAGCAUGGACGCCGAAAAGCAAGCCGAAAUCCUUCGACAGCGUUACGGCAACCGCCGCCCGAACAAGGGCUUUGGAGACUCAGCCGUCGUUCCCAAGCGCCUGCUUAUGCCCAGCGUCGACGAUCCUACCAUCUGGGCUGUCAGAUGUAAGGAAGGCAAGGAGCGAGAAGUGGUCUUCUCCAUCAUGAAGCGCAUCGAGGAGAGACUGGGGACCAAGGAUGAAUUGGCCAUCAUUUCGGCCUUUGAGCGCGGUGGACCGACCUCCGUCAUGAAAGGCUACAUCUACGUUGAAGCCAACCGCUCCACCGACAUCAUGGUUGCUCUUGACGGCAUGUUCAACGUCUACCCGCGAUCCAAGAUGAUUCUCGUCGACAUCAAGGAUAUGCCCGACUUGCUUCGUGUCACUAAGACCCCCACCCUGGAGCCUGGUGCGUGGGUGAGGCUGCGCAAGCCUGCCAAACACGCUGGCGAUCUUGCUCAGGUUAUCGACGUUACCGAGAACGGCCUUGAGGCUAGAGUUCGGUUCAUCCCUCGUCUCGACUACGGAAUGAGAGACGAUGCGCUAUCGGCGGUGAGUGCCGACGGCAAAAGAAAGCGACCCAUCGGCGUGGCGGGUCCGCGCCCGCCCCAGCGCCUCUUUAACGAGACCGAAGCUCGCAAGCGGCACCCUCGACAUAUCCAGGGUAAUCCCACCACCAAGGUGUGGAAUUACAUGGGCGACGAGUUUGAGAACGGCUUCCAAGUCAAGGAUAUCAAGAUUCAGCAGCUGGUAGUUACCGACGUCAACCCAACCUUGGAAGAGGUUACCAGAUUCGCCUCCGGCGCUGAGGACGGUACCGAGAAUCUCGACCUCAAGGCUUUGGCCUCGAGCUUGAAGGACAGUAACAUCAAUGUCACAUACCUGCCUGGUGAUAUCAUCGAAGUCUAUGAGGGCGAGCAGAAGGGUGUGGUUGGCAAGGCUACCAACGUCCAAGGUGAUAUUGUCACCAUGCAAGUCACAGAAGGAGUACUUGCCGGACAAAUCAUUGAGGUGCCGACCAAAGGCCUGAGAAAGCGUUUUAGGAUUGGAGACCAUGUCAAGGUUACCAGCGGCAGUAGAUUCCGCGAUGAAGUUGGUAUGGUCGUCAAGAUCUCGGAAGACCGGGUCACUUUCUUGACCGAUCAAACCAAUACCGAAGUCACCGUCUUCAGCAAGGAUUUGCGUGAAGCCAGCGACAUCGGAGGACAGGGCUCGCUCGGCCAGUACGAGCUGUUUGACCUGGUUCAGCUGGACCCCACUACGGUCGGUUGUAUUGUCAAGGUCGACCGUGAGUCGGUGGUGGUCCUCGACCAGAACGGAGAUACCCGGCAAGUCAUGCCUUCCCAGAUCGCGAACAAACUGCCAAAGAGGAAGAUCGCCGUGGCCGCCGACAGAAACGGCUCCGAAAUCAGACUCGACGAUGUGGUCAGGGAGUAUGGUGGUCAGCAACGCCAGGGCAAGAUUAUCCACAUCCACCGUGCCUACGUCUUCCUGCACAACACUGACAGCAAUGAGAACGCUGGUGUUUUCGUGACCAAGGCUGGCAACGUCAACACAAUUGCUGCCAAGGGUGGGCGUGUACUUUCAGCUGGCCCCAAUCUCGAUCAGAUGAAUCCCGCUAUGAAGCGCAAUCCCAAUGGAUCUGAGAGCAAGAUGGCACCACCCAAGAGCUUUGGAGGACGUGAUCGUGCUAUCGACAAGACAGUCAUCAUCCGAAAGGGCGGUUACAAGGGUCUUCUCGGCAUUGUCAAGGAUGCAACUGACACACACGCUCGUGUCGAGCUGCACACUAAGAGCAAGACAAUCACUGUACCUAAAGAUCACUUGAGCUUCAAGGAUAGAAUCACGGGAGCCAAGAUUGAAAUUAAUGGUCGCGGAGGUCGUGGUGGACACAGCGGUCCUCCGGGUGGUGGUCGUGGAGGGCAUGGAGACUGGCAAGGAGGCCGAACCCCUGUUGCCUCUGGCGGCCCGGAGAGAACUCCUGCUUGGGGCUCAAGGACUCCUGCGCCCACCGGCGGUCGCACUCCUGCAUGGAAGUCAAGUGGUCCAGAUUAUGGCGGAUCGCGUACGCCAGCAUGGGCCGACGGGUCACGAACCGCCUACGGAGACGGCAACCGCACCGCGUACGGCGGAGGUUCGAGAACUCCUGCUUGGCAGUCAGGCGCAAAGACACCAGCACAUGAUGCUUUCGGCCUUGGUUCGAAGACGCCAGCAUAUGGAGGAGGAGAUGCCUGGGGCUCUGGAUCCAAGACACCUGCUUACGGUGGCUCUGCGCCUACUCCCGCCGCCAGCGGAGGCGACUCGUGGGGAUACACCCCCGGCAACUCUUACGACGCGCCGACACCAGGUGGUGCUCUUCUGAGUGCACCAACACCCGGUGCUCUCAACGCCCCCACUCCUGGUGCUUACUCGGCGCCUACCCCUGGUGCCGCAAGUGCCCCAACUCCAGGCGGCGGAUGGCAAGGUGGAUGGGGAGCAGACUCGGUGCCAACACCGGCUGCCGGUGCUCCUACCCCGGCCGCCAGCGGGUUCAACUCUUCAUCAGCCUACUACGGCGCGCCGACUCCUGCGGCAUAUGGCGCGCCUGAGACUCCGGCUGCCAGCGGACCCCGAUACACCGACGACGACUAG